UAACCAUGUAAAUCGACUGUGUAAUUGUAUACUUUAUGAUAGUAGGAUAAUGCUUAAGUCUAUGCCUUAUGGAAUAACAUAUAGCAUAGCAAUUUUUAUUUGCGAUUUCUUUACUCCAUCUCAGCCCCUUUUUGAAUCUGCAUCCGUGUAAAUGAAAAUAAAAGAGAAAUAAAAGGAGUAAUUUCUUUAUUUUACGGUCGCGAGUUCCGUUAAGAUCUAGUAGGUCACCUCGAAAGCGGCUUCCCGCUCCUAUUCAGUAUAAAUUCGUUUGGCGAUUGGAAACCACGAAUGCUUUGAUUGAAAUAGGGGUAAAGACCUCCCCUAUUGAAGCAAGGACCCACCUCGGCUGUAGCUUCCUCAUCCUAACGAUCGGGUGUCCUCUUAUCAGAUUGAUUAUUUGACUUAAAUAAGAAAGUCUAUUCAUCCGACAAUACUAUCUUAAGUGAAACUGAUAUUUGAAAGGUUUUCGCGUGGAUGGUCGACAUAAAUACAAUAAUAGCCAUAAAAACAUGGAUUAUCAGGAUAUUUCAAUAGAUGCCACAAACUCGAGGCCCGACGAGUAUGCGCGCGAGAAUUCUCUAUCAGUAGACUCUCAGGUCGAUGUCUUCCUCUUAUUCGCCCAUUUCCAGGAGGAAAGCAUUAGAGAAUCACCUGAAGAAUUGACUGACGACACGUCUCUUACUCAACUAAGAAUCCCUAGCCUUCUCCCUCGAAUUGAGCAACUUGACGUAUCUAAGGAGUCUCUUGAGCUGCUAGGACAUGCUGUUUCACUAGGACGAGAAAAUAUUCAAGCGUUUAAAUUACCAUCCUUUUUAGACCUCGCGAAGUUGAAAUUGGAGCUCCCGCUCCUUCAAAGCGAUCCUGACCAUGACCGUCGAGAGUUAGCUCGACGCAUUCAAAAACAACGAAGUACUGAUAUAGAUCUAAGAAGCGUCCCAUCAGAGCCUCUGAGUAUCUCGAAUGAUGAAAGUCUCGAAUAUCCAGAGACGACGUCCCAAUACAAACAGAAUUUUCUGACAGCGAUUAAGAACGAGAGAAUUGACAUCCCGAAAGAUACUUUGCGAUACCUUUCAUAUGCCUUAAAAGAUGAAUGGACACGGGACAAGCAACGGGGGCUACUUAAUGAAGCAUUGCGUCGGAAGCCAAUUCGAGAGCUGGCUAUCACACCUCCACUAAGCCCCUGUGCUCACAACGAUGAGGAUGGCGGUUAUUUUAUUCCCGACGAGGAAACUUGCCAAAUACCCAUCUCCUCAGACCCCAGUACUCUAUUGGAUGCUGACUUAACCAGAGCGGAAGCGGGUCUAUUAGAAGAGGAUGGUCUUGACCCUGAAGGCUUCUCAUACUUGGCCGUUGAAAACUCAUCUAUAUCUUUGAGAGAUUUGCCGAUGUUCGAGCCAGGGCAUCCAAGCAUUAGUUCUCUGAAAAUUGAAGGUCCUUUGACUCCAUUAAAUGCCUCGUCACCAAAUUCAGAUUUGGCAAUGGAUUUUCUAGGUUUUGUUGAAGACAUGGAUGCGGACCAGAUAUUAGACAAGGAUUUAAGCCUCUCCGACGCCAGGGGCGAAAAGGAUCCUAAUGGGAUAUUUAGCGAUGAUGCACUGACUGUAUUGCAGGAUCAAGCAACAUUGGCGGGGAGAAAUAUUGAACAGGAGCAAUUGCAGACUGCUGAUGCAUUAGCUCGAGUAGAAAUCCCCGCGAUGGAUUUCUCAAUUCCCGAUCCCGAAUGGCGAAAUACACCACUAGAUGCUGCAUCGCAACUAGCUUGGCUGGGAAGGAAGUAUGAGGCCUUCAAGGUCCCUCCUUGGCCUAAAAAUCUCCAAGCGGAUAGAAAGCUGCAUUGGUCGCCCUUCCCAUCGAAACAGGGUCAGAUCUCCACGAACGAGUCGAUUGAUGAAAACGAUGACGUUAUACAACUGCUUAGCUUUUCGGGUUCCCUUGGGGUACUAACAAGCGCGGACUAUGUCUGGAAGCAGCCUGGUAUUGCAAUCCUUCAAGACCCCGAAGAGGAAGAAGAGCCUUUGGAAUGGUCUAUGCGUGAUGGUGCGAACCACGAUCUCGAGUCCUUAGUCAGGAAAAGACGGCUUGAACUCGAAGAUGCCGAUCCAAAACCAGGCAACUCGUUGGAAUUGAGUUCACCAGUUGAUCUUAUCCAAAUCCCCCCCGAUAUGGUGUCAAGGCCUCGCCAGGCUCAACUCGGCAGCCAAGGACAUAUUCCUAGCUUAUUAGUUGGCUGCAACGACUCUUCCGCUACCUCAACACUGCUCUCUAAUUAUGUCGACUUCCACGCCUCGAAGCGACAAAAGCACACCAGGAGUUCCUUUUUUCCAAAAUCCAAUAAACCGACGGCGCAAAUUGAAAUGGAGGCGGCUGCACAGACUGCUACUCCCGUGCAGUCGGACGAACCCUUGGUAGAACCAAAACCUAGUAUGGAGCAGCCGACAACUCCCGCACCCUACCCGAAAAUUGAACCGACGCCCAUGCAAACGAAGAUAAUCAAGGCGCUAACACUCAGCCGGGGAGUAUUCUCACGACUUGAAAAACUCUACCCAAACGCUGAAAUAAUUGAACGAGACUUCGAUCGCUGGAAUACGCUGGCAUGGGGCCGUAAUUCGGUGGCUCAUUCCCCGGUUGUGUCGCCGCUUGCUGCCGAGGCGGACGUUGCUGUUUCCCCCGCGACUGGAAUUAUACUAACUACGUUGCUCAAGGCGAUACAGAAACCACUACCGGGUCAAAAGGGGCUUUCGGCGGCCCGUGAACGCAUUCGCAACGUUGCGAUUCGAUAUGAGCGUAUUAUUAUUCUCGUAUCAGAGGCGAACCGCGUGGACGAGACAAUACGCGACCUUACACCCUCUGAAUGUGCUGCUUACGCCGAAUUCUCCGGUUUCAUAACUGGACUGAAUUCAAAUGCGGAAGUCUACUAUGUUGGAGGCGGUGAUGAGACGCUCGCUAAAUGGCUAGUGUCAUUCUUGAUUCGUUAUGCACCCGAAGCAGCUUCGGUGCAGGAUAUUCUUAUCCAGGAAGAAUCACUAUGGGAGUUGUUCUUGCGACGAGCUGGCUUGAAUGCAUAUGCUGCACAAGCCAUACUUGGACAAUUGAAGUCUCCCGAUGAUAUGCCCGAGGAGGAAAGCGGUAAAUAUGGCUUACCAGCAUUUAUCAGAAUGACCCCGAAGGAGAGAGUUGAGGUAUUCCGGGGAAUAAUGGGCGGAGAGAGAGUGCUGCGCCGACUCAAUGCAGUCCUCGAGGCACGAUGGGAGUGAUCGGGAAAUCGCCGAAUUGAAGACUAUUUAGUCGAAUUAGUCUUCGCGACGGGAAGAAUAUCUAGCUGAUGAUGAGAUGCUAUUAGCUAUCCAAAUCUAGCUUGUUCUGUAUUGCUUUACAUAGCUGAUGAUGAUCGAGUCGCU